CUACUUCGCGGCUACCUAAGUGACCAAGGACAAUCCCAACGCGUAUGCCCAACUGCAGCCAACCUUACAGCCUUUUAUCUCAAGGACGUCAAGCAACCCGAGGACAAGCUUUGCACGGUCUUUAAUUCAUCAUCUCAGCAAGAACUUGUACCACUACUAUUAUCCUAAGUGGCCAACAGAUUUCCUUGUUCGACUUACCCGCUUGUCUCUGAUUCGAUUUCGCAUCGCAACAAGAGACAUCAACCUUUGGGUAUUGCAAAAUCCCCGCCGCCCUGCGCGCUGACUGUCCCCGAUAAUGAUGGACUACGCGCAAUACCAGCAACCACCACAGACGGCGCAUUCUGGUUACACGAAUUCUGGUGCUGGUAACAACAUCACAUCUCCCACAAGCCACAGCAUACACCAACACGGCGUCCAAACCUCGCCAAUUUUACCAUCUCAACACCAAACCUCGACUCCAGGACAAGGACACAACAUGUACCAAACUCAGUACGGAGUACCCCAGCAGGGGAUGCACUACGGUGUACCUCAGAUCCAGGCGGCUGCUAUGGCCGCGACUGCUGCCGCGGCCGGCGGCACCGGUUAUUCAGGCUACAUGCCUUCAGAUCCUAGCCUGCCCCAAAAUUCACCGAGGAUGACGCCCGGGGGAAAGAAGGACUCGCGCGACCCUCGAUCACCUCAACAACUAAACAACGUAAACCAGCUACCGGGACGGCGCCUGAGCCAGGUCACAAGCCCAGGCGUUCCGAACGCGCCCAUGAUGAAUCAUGCCGGUGCCCGCUCUGCUGUUGCACCUCCGCCGAUGCCGCCGACGCAAUCGAUGCCACCGCCUCAAUCACCUGAGAUGACGGCUGGUGCCGAAGAGUCACCCCUCUACGUCAACGCGAAGCAAUUCCAUCGUAUCCUCAAGAGGAGAGUGGCCCGCCAACGCCUAGAGGAAGCCCUGAGGCUGACGAGUAAGGGGAGGAAACCUUACCUUCACGAAUCGCGACAUAAUCACGCGAUGCGCAGACCUCGAGGUCCCGGUGGUCGAUUCUUAACUGCAGAAGAGGUCGCCGAGAUCGAGAGGAAUAAAGGCGCAGGUGAUGAUAAGGACGGCGGUGCGGUAGAGGCAGCAAGUGUCAAGACUGGAUCGAAGAGGAAAUCGGAGACCAAUUCCACGCUGCCGAAUAAGAAGGCAAAGAUGGAGCCGGCGACACCUGACGACGACGAAGAUGAUGAUGCCGAAGAUGAUAGCUGAAGGAAGCUAUAAGUCAUACACAUACCAUACCAUACCAUACUAUACCACUUUAUUUUGUGAGCCGUUACGACGUUACGAUACACCCGACUCUUACUACUGAUACCUUCCCGUAUCCAAUCUUGGGGGAUGGGAGCACAGUAGGGAGUCGAUUUGGGGGAGGGGAUAAGUGCGUUGAUCUUUUGUUCUCGGUAGCCGGCUUGCGCGAAGGUUCCGUAAGUACGCCAGUGGAAUGUGCAGGGGCGUCAGGACACUCGCUUUCGAUUUUCCCUAAACCGUUUCGCCAUCGCCC